AUGAGAGGUGAUUUCCACAAUUGGUAUUGGCGACAUUGUAGUAACGCACCAACGAUAUCAGUUAGUGAUGCGUCCCGAUUUGUAUAUCAGUUACCAUUUUUUUUGGUCGGACCCAAGUCCAAGCCGUAUAAGCCGUACUUGAAUAUGACCAAACCGUACACAGUGUUCACUUGGACUAUUUUUCUCAUCUCUCUGGCCUGCUAUUUGGUCACCAUCGUCUUCGUUCAAACAUUCAUGAUAGUCAAAGAACACCGAGAUCCUGAUAUUACUAAAUGGAUCAUUUCUUACAUCGGGAUCCUGAGUUUUCAAGCCGCUCCACCCAGUGUGGCCACGCCCAAGUCACCAACUUUAGCCUUGUUAUUUCAAGUGUGGUUGGUGGCCAGCUUCUUAUUAGUGGCGGGUUAUGAAUGCAAUCUGAGGGCAAAUAUCAUAGUGAAGGAGUAUGAAGCUCCAAUUGAAACCGAUGUGGACAUCUUGAACCGUGGUGUGCAGCUCCACGUGUCUAAGGGAAGUAUUUUUGCUCCGCUCUUUCGUCACUCCCCAAAUGCCAUUCGAAGGACCUUAGGCCAGCAAAUGGAUGAGAAUGAAAAUUACUAUCCGCUUAAUGGAGGGCUUAUUCCCGAAGCUUACGAAAAAUGCAUCAAGGACAACGGUGAUGUAUUUCUUGGGAAUGAUAUGAUGACCAGGGCCAUGUUUCCAACCUUCGAAGAGCGACAUGGCGAGCAGCCCUACCGAAUUGGACGUGUCAAUUUCGAGCCCGACACCUACUCUUCUUUUGUCAUUACCAAAGGCCAGAGAAGGCUUCGGAAAGAAGUCGAUUCCGUCAUUCGUGGCUUGACAGAGGGUGGGAUAAUCCAUCAGCUGAUAAAGAGCUACAUCAAACCCCAGCAUCUGGUCCGAAAUGAUGUUCAAGACGAAGUCUUGAAACCUUUUACUAUGGAACAGGUUUUCGGGGCCUUUGUUGUGUUCCUUUGUGGUCAAACUCUGGCUUCGUUUGUAUUGCUCUUGGAAAUGGUCGCGUUUCCCAAGGCCAAGUCUGCCAGUCCACAGUUUGGCUCUUCCAUUAUUCAGGUUCAGUCGGUUCAUGAUCAAGCCUAUUACAAGUGGAAAUGAAUAACAAUUUAUGGAGUAAUAAACAAUUGCGAUGGAUGACACGGCAACUUCAUCGACCAGAGUCAUUAACAUAUUGACUUUGUCAGUAACAAUUUUGCCACGAUUCAGAAUUCCCGUACAAAUUGAAGAUAAGAAUGGUCAAAGGUUGGUGAUAAUGAAUAGAUCGAGGCCAUGAACGAUAGAAACGUUGAAGUUGACUGAAGAAAGUCC